AUGCCGUUUAUCACGGUGGGUGAUAAAAUUGCUGAUACUUCAACGGCGAGAAGUUUAUUUUCUCUUAUUGAGCAGCAGAAGCAUGUGGUAAAUCGAACAACGCAACAGUUGAGCGAACUGUCCGCCGAUGAUUUUGCCAAGUGGGGUGUGGAACAUGGAGCUGAAUUAGAGUACAGAGCAGAGUUAGCUCGUCGCAUUGCACAAACGUUUGACAACGCUGAGAGUAUAUUGAUGUUUGACAAUAUUCAUCCGUCUGGUUUAGAUGGCUUGACAGGUGCUGAUGUUAGUGAUGCAGAUCGAUCACUUCUCUGCGCUCUGUGGUUCUCGACUGGAUUCCCUAAGGGAGGUAAAGUACUUAUCUAUGCACCACCAAAUCCAGUCGAAAUGAAGAGUUAUACAAAGCUGAAGAAGAUUGUGGAACAACGCUUACAAAAACANGCUGAGAGUAUAUUGAUGUUUGACAAUAUUCAUCCGUCUGGUUUAGAUGGCUUGACAGGUGCUGAUGUUAGUGAUGCAGAUCGAUCACUUCUCUGCGCUCUGUGGUUCUCGACUGGAUUCCCUAAGGGAGGUAAAGUACUUAUCUAUGCACCACCAAAUCCAGUCGAAAUGAAGAGUUAUACAAAGCUGAAGAAGAUUGUGGAACAACGCUUACAAAAACAGGUGCCAAUCCAAAUUCUUUACGAAACAGACAACGGUGCACUAAAAGACAUUUUGAAGCUCUUUAUUGAAAAUGAAUCAGAGUACACCAAAAUGUGUGAACAAUUUGCGCAAAGACCUGCCGAUCAAAUCAUACCUAGUUUUCGCUUCCAUCUUGACUCAAUCAAACGGCAUGUGAAUACGUUAACACAAGAUUCAAAACGUUUGUUUGUGUAUCCCUACCAGAUGACCAACGAAUAUAAGAAAGAAUUGGAACCGCAUUCGGAUAAGCUUAUUCUACCUGAUAUCCCGUCGGAUGACAAGGCUGAUCAUCACUUUCUACUACAAUCACAUAAUUAUCCAGAUUUGUUAGUUACACUUGGUAUAGCUUCGGACGGAACUGUGAUUGACAAUUACGAAACCUAUGCUACUGCCAGUAAAACAGAACGACGUAAAAAGACACCGGAGAAUGUGCGAGCAUUCGCGCAGGGUAUUGUUCGCGCAGUAGACCGUAUUCAGCACGAUUAUCAUUUGAACACUUUUGCCAAAUAUGAUUCAUCUGGUUGUGGCGGCGGAACGAAUAUGAGUCCGGAUUCUUAUUCACUUCUGUAUGAUCAAAGCAAAACAGAAAAUGAACGAAUCGACUACCUGGCUAAGCAUAUCUGUGAGGGAUGGCGAGAAGAGCUCUUGCCACCGUUUGGAGUUGUCGAAGAAAUGGAAGAAGCCGAAAAAUGGCCUGGUGUACCUGCGGAUUACGGUAUUUGUGGAUUUGUCUUGAAUGGAAAAUUCUAUCCUACUUCUAUCAAUGUGGAGCGAACUACUCAUGGUCAGUACGGUGGAAUGUGGAUGGCAGCAAAGCCUGAUGAUAUAGAUGAUACUGUUGAACUAUGGCAGAAAAUGUUCGAUUCAUUCGAUCGAAUGGUCAAGAUAGAGAUGGAGCCGCUAUCGUAUCGAAAUGGUACCUAUUCUGCGGAUCUCUUCGUCACGUCCGAUAACGAAUUAAAACUGCGUGAUUGGAAUCUUCGUCGUGGCGGUCACUCUGCUCCUGAAUCUCUGAUUAUAUUUGGAAUGCCAAAUUAUGAAAUGAAGAUGACAUUCUAUCUGAAAGAUUUCGAUCAAUGCAAAUGUCAUUUUACAGCUGUACAACUCUUUCAAAUCUAUACACGCAUCUGCGACAUUCUAGUGAACGAACAUGGAAUAUGCAUGAUCAAUACUGGGUUAGGCUAUUGUGGGAAACUCGAUAGUAAAGGAAAUGAUUUUCUCAAGUUUCAUGUGCUCGUUCAUCCAUCUGCUUUCAUUGAUUAUGGGACCGGUAAUGCCGAAGGAAAACCGGUGCCAUAUCGAGAGCAUCCCGACAGAACCACUGAUUUAGUUCGUGCUGUAGUAGCAAAAGUUCUUCUCAACUGUUGA